AUGGAAAGAAGAGAAAUUGACAGUGGAGCCCCGAGUGAAGAAUUCUUCAUUGCUGAAGAAAGUGAGCUCGAGUUUUCCGGGUCGGCUCCACCAUCGAACAUUUGGCCUUAUGAUCCACCAGUUGAUCCCCGAGUGUUCCCUAUAGUUCACCAAUGGCAAAGGGUUUCCGAUGAAGAAAACGAGCGCUAUAGACAAUUUCAACACGCAAUGAGAGGGCAACAACUUGCACAGUUACAAAGGGAACAAGCCGAACAAGAGGCUUUACGGCUACAAAGGGAAAACGAUGAACGCAGCCAACCCUCAACCCCGCUUCUUGGCUCUGGCAGUGGUUGUCGAGAAGAAGAUAUGGAGAUUUACUCUGAUGGUGGCCCUACAUCGGAACCCUUUGGAAAUUGCUUCACCGAGCCCAGUCCAACCACCAUCUCGGUCUCGACGAAAAAUCUCACUAAAAGUGUCGCUGGAUUCAAAAAUCGCUCGAUGACUUCACUACAGUCACUCAAAAAUAAAGAAUCGACCGUUCACAAAUGGCUUAAACGGGUUUGCGUCUCGCUUGAUUUCAAAGGCGUCCACUUUCUCAAAGCUACCGUUAUCUUUGGUUUCGUGGUACUUCUGGUGGUUUUGGGUUAUUCUUUUUGGCCGAAGCCAGAUCCCGAUGGUGAUUCGAUGUUGCGAUAUGAGGGAAAUCUAACUCGCAAUAUCGAGGGAAAUGUAAUGAAUUACUACUGGAAAGGCAACGAGCUGAAAACCUACAUUCAAUACAAGAGUACGUAUGAGGUGAAAAGUUACGACUAUGAACUGCUUCAAAUUCAACCCGCUGAAUCCUACUUCUUGCGAUCGGUGAUGCGUCAAUUCCAAUGCGAAGAGACGAAAUGGGCAGAGAACUUUGUGUGUUGUUAUGAUCCCAAAUAUGGAACUGCGUGUGCUAGUCAGCGCAAGAACAACGAUUGGAUGCUGAUUCCCGGAUUUUUCUAUCGCGCCGAGUUUCUCAAAAAGAAUGGACAGGAUUACCUCGUUGCUCAGGAACGUUUCAACACAAUGCCCUAUUUGAUGGAUCGAAUGGGAGAAGAGAUUCCGAUUGAGACACACGAAUGUGGCGACGCGUAUAACGUCCUUCGUUUUGACAUCACAAACGAGAAAAUCGCCAUUGUUUCCGAAAAGAAGCCUAAAGACAAAAACUUCACCCGAUCCCUAUUGCUGAUUGAUCCAUUCGAUGAGAAUGAUCACAAAUGUUUUCAAGGAGAGGGACUAUCUUUGGAAAAAUUGCACGGGAUUUGGGUGGACCGAGACGUGGUUUGGAUGCUGUCUUGCUCUUUUAGGUCUUGUUCUGUUCGUCUUCUCACCCUCGAAGGUCUCCAGCCCAUCUACUACUACCCGAUUUCUCAACACGGGGAUUUCACCGUGAACUCUAACACAAAAAAGCACGAUCCACGAGUCGUCGGGAAAACGGAGAACAACUACUUGAAUAUCUAUACUUUCGUCAACGGGAAUGAUUCGGCUAAAAUUAUUCGAAAACGACUUUCAUUUCCCGACAAUAACCCCAAGAAU